AUGGCUCUUACAUUGGUAACUUAUGUCGCUCGUUCUGGUAUCGCCGGAGUCGUUCUGGGCUUCGUCCAUCCCCCAGCAUAUGGCCAUCACCCACAGCCCGCUUACGGGCAUCGUGCACCUGCGUACGGUCAUCAUGUACCUGCCUACGCUCACCAGCAUGCCUAUGAGCAUGGUUACUGCGACCCAACGGUUGCCCCCGCGUGCGUUGCCAACUCAACUCUCUCCUACUGCUUAGAAGACGCUGAGUACCCGAGUACGAGAUUAAGGCUGCCAUCACUGCCGAUCAUCUGUUCGCCAAGAAGUAUGCUGACGUCGCCGACCAGGUCCGCUGAAGACCUAGUAGACAUGGUUAGCAAGGACCAGGAGGAGGCCUUCGACUACUCUUACUACACCGGGGCUUCCACUGGGGACUCUCCCUACGACGCCACUCAUUGGGCUGGUCCUGAGGGUUACAUCUGUCCCUCCGAAGUAGUGUAUGCCAUGCCCAAACGUGCCCAGAAUGUGGACGGCAAGUGGCGUGUCAUUGUCAACGAUGUUCACUAUUACAGUCAGACUGCUCGCCUCGAAACUUGUCUGUUCCCAGAGGCUGCUUGCCGUGCCCUUGCUCCUUGCUACCAGAGUCACUGCACCCAGAAGUCAGUGUACCACCGACUCCUCUCCUACGAUCCAUGUGACCCCUACAAGGGCCUGUUCAUCGACAUCUACAAGAUGCCAUCUGCCUGUUCCUGUCACCUUCCCGCCUAAAGCGCCACAACUCUCCUCAACGAAUCGCCUCUUCACACACCAUCUAACACUCCAUGGCCACCUCGGAACCACCAACAACCCUUGGUAGCCCUUGAAGCGGAGAACGCCCCACGUAACUGGAGAACUGCUUUCUUCACGCACCACCACUAGUCAUGCCAGGAA